GCGGAAGUAGAAUUACUUUUUCUUUAUGGUAAGUGGAGACCAGUUUUGAACUUUUUAUGUAUCUUCCUCUUUACACGCUUUUAAAAUUUUAAUUUCAUUACUAGUAAUUCUGACUUAGGGUUUAUCAGAGUGUGCAGACUUUCGAAAAUCUCAGAUUUUUAGUCCAAAAAUGGAACACGGAUCAUAUCAGGAUCUAUCAGCUUCAACACAUACCCUGAAUGAUGAAGAUCAUACACUAGCAAACUCUCUUAGAUUCACUCUUAACCAAGAUCCAAGAGUUGCACUCUGUGGAUACAGUAUUCCUCAUCCUUCAGAAGCUAAAGUAAACAUAAGAGUCCAGACAACAGGUGAUCCAGCAAAGGAAGUAUUGAAAGAUUCAUGCCAAGAUCUCAUGAUGAUAUGUCAGCAUGUUAGGAGCACUUUUGAGCAAGCAGUUGCUGAUUUUAAGAACAAUGAAGGCUCUGAAAGCCAGUAAACGAAGAUCUUAUUACUGCCCUCUGUUUGAUUUAACAUUGAUCAUAGUCUUAAGGGGUUGUUAAUUUUUGAUUUAAUGAUCUUAAUGGGUUAAGAACUUAAUUUGAACAA